ACAAUGUCUUCACCCUCUAACUACUACACUUCCUUGCUAAAACUUUGCUGCGAAACUAGAAACCAAACACAGGUGAAAAAUAUCCACGGCCUUAUUAUCAAAACCUUAACUAACCCAGAAACGUUCCUGUUUAAUAAUCUCAUUAAUUCUUAUAGUAAACUAGGCAACAUAAAUUAUGCACGCCACUUGUUCGACAGGAUACCUCAGCCAAACCUCUUCUCAUGGAACACCAUUCUCUCCACUUAUUCAAAAUCUGGGAAGCUUUCAGAAAUGCUAAACAUGUUUAAUACCAUGCCAUAUCGUGAUGGAGUUUCUUGGAAUUUACUUAUUUCAGGGUAUGCAAGUCAUGGUUCUGUUCAUGAAGCACUUAAGGUCUAUAACUUGAUGUUGAAAGAUGGGCUUGGUAAUUUGAAUAGAAUUACAUUUUCAACGAUGCUUAUACUGUCUUCGAGUGAAGGGUAUAUCGACUUGGGGAGACAAAUCCAUGGGCAAAUCGUGAAACUUGGGUUUGAGUCGUAUGUUUUCGUUGGUAGUCCUUUGGUGGAUAUGUAUGCGAAAAUGGGGUUCAUAUAUGAUGCGAAGCGGGUUUUUGAUGGGAUGACUGAGAAGACUGUGGUUAUGCGUAAUACGAUGAUCACGGGGCUUUUGAGAUGUGGGUUGGUUGAGGAGUCAAAGAGGCUGUUUUGUUGUAUGGAGGAGAAAGACUCGAUUUCAUGGACAACAAUGAUUACAGGACUCAUACAAAAUGGUUUGGAGAGAGAAGCUAUUAAUUUAUUUAGAGAGAUGAGAUUGGGAGGUUUUACUAUAGAUCAGUUUACCUUUGGAAGUGUAUUGACUGCAUGUGGGGGACUAUUGACCUUGGAAGAAGGGAAGCAGAUUCAUGCUUAUAUAAUCAGGACUGAUUAUACAGGUAAUGUGUUUGUGGGAAGUGCUCUUGUUGACAUGUAUUGCAAGUGCAAGAACAUAAAAUCUGCAGCAUCUGUUUUCAAGAGAAUGACUAGGAAAAAUGUUGUAUCGUGGACUGCAAUGCUAGUGGGUUAUGGACAGAAUGGGUUCAGCGAAGAAGCUGUUAGGAUAUUUUGUGAAAUGCAGAGAAAUGGGAUUGAGCCAGAUGAUUUUACUCUUGGAAGUGUAAUCAGCUCUUGUGCAAAUCUGGCUAGCUUGGAAGAGGGUGCCCAGUUUCAUGGCCGAGCCCUAGUGUCUGGUUUGAUUUCCUAUGUCACAGUUUCCAAUGCACUUGUAACUUUGUAUGGUAAAUGUGGAAGUAUAGAAGAUUCUCAUCAGCUAUUCAAUGAGAUGAAUAUCAGGGAUGAAGUAUCUUGGACAGCAUUGGUUUCAGGGUAUGCGCAGUUUGGAAAGGCCAAUGAGACAAUUUAUUUGUUCGAAAAGAUGCUGGCCCAUGGUUUCAAACCUGAUGGAGUUACUUUCAUUGGUGUUCUUUCAGCUUGCAGUAGAGCAGGAUUGGUGGAGAAAGGACAUCGGUAUUUUGAUUCAAUGGUAGUAGAACAUGGAAUUACACCAAUUCAUGAUCACUACACUUGCAUGAUUGACCUUCUCAGCCGAGCCGGAAGGUUAGAAGAAGCAAAAAGUUUUAUUGAUAAAAUGCCUUUCCAUCCUGAUGCAAUUGGUUGGGCCACCUUACUCAGCUCAUGUAGAAUUCAUGGUAAUGUGGAAAUUGGGAAAUGGGCAGCAGAUUCUCUUCUGGAAUUGGAGCCUCAGAACCCUGCAAGCUAUAUUUUGUUAUCAAGCAUCUAUGCUUCCAAAGGUAAAUGGGACCAUGUGUCCCAGUUGAGGAGAAGAAUGAGAGAUAAGGGAGUGAGGAAGGAACCAGGAUGUAGUUGGAUCAAAUAUAAGAACAAAGUACAUAUUUUUUCAGCUGAUGAUCAGUCAAGUCCAUUUUCUAAUGAGAUAUAUGCUGAGCUGGAGAAACUAAACUGCAAGAUGAUACAGGAGGGAUAUGUGCCAGAUAUGAGUUCUGUUCUACAUGAUGUUGAGGAUUCGUUGAAAGCAAAGAUGCUUAACUACCAUAGUGAGAAGCUUGCAAUUGCAUUUGGGUUGUUAUUUAUUCCUGUUGGCCUUCCUAUACGAGUAGUUAAAAAUCUUAGGGUUUGUGGGGAUUGCCACAAUGCCACCAAAUAUAUCUCUAAGAUUACCCAGAGAGAGAUACUGGUAAGAGAUGCUGUCAGGUUUCAUUUGUUUAAAGAUGGAACAUGUUCAUGCGGAGAUUUUUGGUGAUGAAGUUGUAUUAGUGCCAUAGCUGUUGUGAAAUAUAGACAUGAUGGACUACAGGGUGAACAACCAAGUCCAAAUUUUUCAUAGCAUUCAAAAAGAGAUGAUGCAACUUCUUAGGAACAUCAUCAUAAUAUUCGAGGGCUGUUUAUUCCAUAAGAACAAUUUGUAAGAUCAUGAAUAUGUUACACCUGAUCUCAAGCAUCCCAGUGGUGAAAAUUGAUAUGCUGUAAAAAGGAAGAUACAGGUGAUAUUAUUUGUAGACGGUGGUUUAUGCAUAGCACAAAGUGGUUCAGCAACUCACUGGAUUACACUUUGAUAGACUACUGGGUUUUCAGGCUCAUCAAAUUAGUUAGAAGAAUAAAUGUGCCAAAAUGUCAAGUACAAAAUGUUUACCCAGGACGUCGGAUGCAGAGGAGAACAGUUGGUUUUUCACGCCACAGCACUAGAGCCUUCAUUGGAGGUGUCUUUGUUUUCACCAAACGUUC